GCCUCGACCGCAGAGUCUGGGCGCACUGCAAUAAGUCGCGUGUCAUCUGUCAUUAUAAUAACACCACAACUCGGAAGUGUAGUUAAAUGAACUCUUUAUUUAGCAAUGCUUCUUAAGUGUUUAUUAGCUCCUUAGUGUUUGUUUAAUAUCAAUUGUAAAUAUUUUAUCUAAAUCGUUCACUUGUUGGACGAAAUUAUUCAAGCAGUGUCGAUUAUCAGGCGCGUUAUCGCACGAGGAAUCGCACGUUUCGGCCAGUACUCGAUAAGAGUUUGGAGUGGUGACACUCUGUGAGGAGCGUGGUGAGGAAGAUGCCAGUAUUCCCUUGCGACAUCGCGACCUCACACGACCUUUGCGGGAUGGAGUACACGCCGGAGUACAUGCUGGCCGGCCCGCCGCACGUAUGGGAUAAGCCGCCGUACAGCCCAUACGGCAUGUUCAAUAGAACGUCAUCAGAAGAGGCCCAGCGUUUCACUACGUUAGACUGUGUUUAUAAAGAAGACAGCGAUAUGCAACUAGAAACCAGCAGCAGCGAGGCGAGCGCCGCAAGUUCUACCACUCUGUCGCAGCACUGCGCCAUCUGCGGUGAUCGCGCCACCGGCAAGCACUACGGGGCCUCCUCCUGCGACGGCUGCAAAGGCUUCUUCAGAAGGAGCGUUAGAAAGAACCAUCUCUACACUUGCAGAUUUAGUCGAAAUUGUGUUGUAAAUAAGGACAAAAGAAAUCAAUGCAGAUAUUGUAGGCUAAGGAAAUGUUUUAAAGCUGGCAUGAAAAAAGAAGCCGUGCAGAAUGAGAGAGACCGCAUCAACUGUCGGCGACCAUCGUACGAAGAGCCCGCACAAGCCAACGGGUUGUCUGUCGUGUCACUACUCAACGCUGAACUUCUCAGCCGGAAGGUCAUAGAUGAGACGAACAACGUGACAGACGCGGAGAUUAACAACCGCAACCUGGCCAAGAUCAACGAUGUCUGCGACUCUAUCAAACAACAGCUCCUCAUACUAGUCGAGUGGGCGAAAUAUAUACCCGCCUUCACGGAAUUGCAACUUGAUGAUCAGGUGGCUCUGCUGCGGGCGCACGCGGGAGAGCACCUGCUGCUGGGCUGCGCGCGUCGCUCGCUGCAUCUCAAGGACGUGCUGUUGCUUGGCAACAACUGCAUCAUCGCCAAACAUAACAUCGACGGUCGUAUGGACAUCGACAUCAGCAUGAUAGGAAUGCGCGUCAUGGACGAGAUCGUGAAGCCGCUGCGGGAGAUCGACAUCGACGACACAGAGUUCGCCUGCCUCAAGGCCAUCGUAUUCUUCGAUCCCAACGCGAAGGGUCUAUCGCAGCCGCAGAAGAUCAAGCAGCUGCGCUACCAGGUGCAGAUCAACCUGGAGGACUACAUCAGCGACAGGCAGUACGAGGGCCGCGGUCGCUUCGGCGAGCUGCUGCUGUGUCUGCCGCCGCUGCAGAGCAUCACCUGGCAGAUGAUAGAGCAGAUACAGUUCGCCAAGCUGUUCGGUGUCGCGCACGUCGACAGCCUGCUGCAGGAGAUGCUGCUCGGAGGAGCAUCGACAGAGCCCGCAAUGUUAGAAGAGGCUGUAUCAGAGGGCGUGUCCGGGGGCGUGUCCGGGGGCGUGUCUGUGGGCGGGGCCGCGGGCGCAGUGGGCGGGGCGUCGCCCGCGCUGGUGCCGCAGCUGCCGGCGCACCAGUACGACGUCAUCGCCUUCAAGCAGGAGCCUGACAUGAGUCCGGAGCCCAGUUCACGUCUGAUGAAGUCUUCCGACAUCACCUUGUUAUAGUGCCUUACAUUGUUAUUAUAUUUUAUACUAGUUUCACAAAACAAUUUAC